UAGGUAUCUGUGACCUGUGCACAGGACCUGUGUUGAAUUCAGAAUUUGGUGGUUGGACGCUGGUGCGAAUAGUGAUUUUUAUCUCUUUGAUUUGGUGUAGGUACUUGUGUCUGGUGAUAAAGUGCUAAUUAUUGCAUUUUCAUUAAAGUCCACGAGAAAUUAAAGUUUGGACGUUGUUGGUAUACGGAACUCGGUAGUUAUAAUGACAGCAUCGAUAGCAUCGUGUUCUCCAGGACAUCCAUGGAGAAGAUCUGGCUCACAUGAGAGCAUUUAUAGCGUGCAGGGCCAGGAAACAGAUGUAGUGCGCGACACGACAGACACAGAGUCGGACAGCGACAAGGAGGGCGUCGAGUACGAGCCGGUCACAGAUGCCGAUGACGACCUGGAUAUUGAUGAUUCGUCGGGAGGUAGUGAUAGCGACAUAAUCCGGACGCGCGUGAUCGAGGUCUCGAUGGGCGACGACGGCGAACUCCAGCUGGCGGACUCCGAGCGCGCACCCGACUCGAGCGACAGCGAGCUCGACUACCACGAUUACUGGCACUGCGCGUCUUGUCGCGCGACAAACAACGAUCCGGCCUAUCGCUACUGUCAGAAGUGUUUCAAGGUACGUAAAAAUUUGUUCCCGCCCCGACCGAGGCGCAAGGCGCGACGUGUCGACCCGCCCCCACCGCUUUCACAGGAUUCCGGCAUAGACAUGCUCAGUGAGCUCACUCAGUCGCAGAAGUCUGAACUUACUCAGUCUCAGGAACUCACUCAGUCGCAGGAACUUACUCACUCUGAGGAACUCGCUCGGUCUCAGGAACUUCCUCGGUCGCAGUCUGAACUGAGCCGGCCGCGUAAUGUUCGCAAACGCAAGCACUCCUCAGACAGCGACAAAAAUGACAAACGCAGUAGACUCAGUCAGUCGGAAUCCGAGUCAGACUCCGACUCGGAAGUCGUCGCUCUGCACAAAACGAUCAGCGAUCCCGCCGUCUCCAUAGAUCAAAUAGAUCGUAUAGAUCCCAAAUCGGAGAUCGCGUCGAACGAUGAUAACUAUAAAUCGGAUAUGUGUAUCACUUGCCUGUCCGAGCCGAAGUCGGGUGUGUUCGUCCACGGCCGCAUAGCUCACAUUUGCUGUUGCUACAAGUGCGCCAUUAAAGUGUGGCGCAAGGCAAAGCGAUGUCCCAUUUGCAAUAGCAAAGUUAGCAAUGUCUUGAAAGCGGUAGUCAUGUAGCGUGUAUACCACCGUUUAUUAAUGUUAUUGAUUGAUAAAAAUAUAAAAAAAUAAGUCAAGAAAUAUAUCGGACUAGGAUAAGCUUCGAAUAGGUGCAAAUGGUCAAUUCACAUUCAAAAUCUUUGCUUAUUCUUGUAACAAAAAUAAUAUCUUGUGUAAAUAUUAUAAAUAAAAAAGUGAGACUGAUACAGUAUAAGUUUUGCUUAUAAAAAAAUAACUAUAAUAUAGAGCCUCAAAUAUUCAUAAUAAAAGCAAAAAUAAAAUAAUGAAAUAUUUUAUGGUAAGUACAGAACUCCUAAGAAAGGAGUUUUAAAAGUAUGGUCUAAUUAAAAGUUAUUUUCUAAUAAAAUACGAAAAAUAUAAUAAGCACCUUUUGAAUGUGAAUUCGACUAAUAGGCAAUAUUAAUAUUAUGUAGAUUAAUCAGAUGAAUAUGCACCUUGUGAUAAUUUAUUCUAUUUAAAAAACAUAAAAGCCAAAAUUGAGAAUAGGUUAAGUAGGUAGUAGUUCAAUGUGUAAAUAAAUAUGUAUAAAACAUUUCUACGUAGAAUUCAAAAAAUUAAACAGCCACAGAUAUUAUAUGAGUAAAUAAAGAUUUAAAUAAUAUCUUUGCUUAAAAAAACUUGUUGUUUUCAAAGUUAUUAUAGGAGUGUACAUAUUUUUAAAUCGUACUGAUAGAGAUAAAUAUUAUUUCUAUAUGAAGAUUAAUAUAAUUUUAAUUUAAUAGGUUUUUUUUGUGUGUAAUAACUUGAUAUUAAUUUCAAACAAAUUAGUAGUUGUUAGUGAUUGGCCAAUCAUUUUUUUCAUCCAAUCAGAGUUACUGUACGUUUUUUUUUUUUACUUUGCUU